AUGCGCACCGGUAUUGCAAAUAAUACAUGCACAGCUGAUACUUGUGGAGACGUUACAGUUGUAAAAUUUCUUCCGCAGAGUGAACAUCAGUUAAUUGGAGGAUAUAGAAAUUCUUCACUAUUGAUUUGGGAUUUGAGACGUUGCAAUAAACCGAUAUAUGCUCUGCAGCGAGUAAACAAAACAGACAAUGAAUCAAUUUUGCUUGGUUGUACCAUUACAAGUGGCACAACUAACAUGAAAAAUAGACACCUCAGAGAAAUGUAUAGUCAUGACUUCACAACCGAGGAAGAUGUAUGGAGCUACGUAAAACAGUUUAAUAGUACUAACUCGUUGGAGACGGAAUAUCCAAGAAAUAAAAGGGCCAUAAAGAAUGAUGAAAGGAAUAUCAAUGUUGCUAGAAGGAAGUUUGACCAUGGUGCAAGAUUCCCUUUUUAUCAAAAAUCAAAUACUUUCCUUUCUAUGGAAAAGAGUGCUCCAAAACGUCAGCAUACCAAUAUCGCACAAGAACAGAAAUUUGGAUUUCCUACGGCUAUUCAGACUACAGAGGAUUGUUAUAAUAUGUACAUAUCCACUUCAAGAGGGUAUAUUGAUUGCUAUGAUUUAAAGACGCUUAGAUCUACGAAAACAAUUGACACAGAAUCUCUAAUGGGUUCAUUCAUGACAGAACCUUCUGAUGAAAAGUACAAACAUCAGAUUAGAAUACAAUUGAUACCUGGAGAGAUCUAUAUCGCACUCAAUAUUAGGGAUAAUGUGGGUUUUUUGAAUCUCACAGCAAAUUCGUUCCAUAAAUUAGUAAAAUUGGGGUGGUCAGAACAAAGUAAUCCUGAUAUUGAUAACCAAGAAAGAUAUUUUGUAGAAGAUAGUUUGUCAGAGGCGAGUUCUGUUGCUGUCACUAAUCGUGGAAGUGGUUCUGGUGAAGCAUUUGUGACAGACAUGGCUGCAACACCAAUUUCAAGACAUUUGUACGCAAUAAAUGAAAACGGAGACGUUUUCCUCCUACAUCCAGGUAUUAUAGUCAAUUGA